CCAUUUCAAAUCACUCGCGAGUCAAGACUCAGCCACACUGCUUCUCCUUCAUUUUUUUGCCUUCUUUGAUUCAUGGGCACGAUGGCCCUGUCUUAAUACGCUAAUGAUCUCUCAAAACCUUGUAAAAGACAUUUUCAUACAUCUGCUCUCGUACCUGCAGCCUCCGAUGAGGAAAGCGAUCUUUUACUUCCGACGUGACAAGGAUGAUUUUGAUUUUCAGGCGGCGCCGCCCGAGGAAUAUCGGCCAUCUCCUUCACUGGUGCCUGUCCCUUCCCACCUCGCCGGCGAAUCAAUCAAGACGCAACUUCCGAUAGUUCGGUACGGUGACUCCCUCGAAAGAAGGGGCGGAGGUUUUGUAGGCAAGGACUCGGUGGUCUGUGUGGUGUGCAUGAAUAACAUGGAGUCAGGCGACGAGGUUAGAGAGCUUUGCAACUGUUGUCAUGUUUUUCACAAGGAGUGCUUAGAUGUUUGGAUUGGUAAGGGCCAGGUGACAUGUCCUUUGUGUAGAUCCAAGCUAUCGCCGAUCCAACGGGAGGAGCUUGCACUGGGGGUGGAUCCAUGGAGAAGGGAGAGGAUGGUUUACUUGUUUGGUGAGGACUAUGUUAUGGAUACUCGUUGAUUUUGAUGUCUUUCUUAUUUAAAAUCAUAGAUAAUAUCUGAUUUAAUCAAUCAUUUGAUUUAGAGUAAUAUUAUUUAGUAAUCAUAUAACUACUGCCUAACACGUUUGGUUGUAAACUUGAUUCUAUAGGAUUUACUUCAU